AUUCGAAAAUACAUCUUUUUCAACAGCCUUAAAGAGUUGCUGAGAGCUAAAUUAAUUGAAUGUGGCUGGAAGGAUCAGUUGAAGGCACACUGUAAAGAGGUAAUUAAAGAAAAAGGACUAGAACACGUUACUGUUGAUGACUUGGUGGCUGAAAUCACUCCAAAAGGCAGAGCCCUGGUACCUGACAGUGUAAAGAAGGAGCUCCUACAAAGAAUAAGAACAUUCCUUGCUCAGCAUGCCAGCCUUUAAGAUUGAGUUAGAUCGUGGUGUUCUGUGGUUUUAUUUCUGAAAGUAAAACUUGCCAUAAAUUAGAAAUCAAUUUCCCAAGAUAAAAAUCCUUUUUUGUAUGAUGGUAUACAGUUUUCAGUAAUGAUGUAUACAUUGUAUUGAUUUUUUUUCCCUAAAUGUGUUAUUUUAAUAAAUAUCUCAUGAAUGAAUUUGAAGUUUGCUUGGAUUUUGGAAUAAA